AAUUAUUUUUAAAUUUAAAAAUAUGUUAUUUAUUUUGGAACAAACUAAAAAAUAAAAUAUUUCACCUAAUUUGAACGGAAGAAAUACUUAUUACAUACUAAUUUGAUCUUGGAUUAUAUGGAAGUCUACUAUUUAGAUCUUGGAUUCUAGGGUACGUUAGAUGUUUCCAAACAUUUUUAUUUUUUAAUCUUAUAUAUAGUUCUGUGCAUGGCGGCGACAGUCACAUAGUUAUAAGACAGAAAAAGCUAGCGUUUUACAAUGGAGUACUAUUCAACGUUCAAUCAACCCUUUGUCUCUAUGUCAAGAUAUAUUCUCAACAUUUCCAGACACCCUUUCACUACUUACUCACUCUGUCUCUUUGCAUAUUCCAAAUGCCUCUCUCAUACACCAAUGGCGCCACAACUAUUCUCUUCUUCGCCACCACCUUUAUUUUCACGACAUCCUUCUCUUUCUCUGAUCAUAACAUCUUCUUCCCCAACUGUGUGCGGCUUCUCUUUCUCUGAUGAUAGCGUCUUCUUCCCCAACCGUGGCCGUACUUUCUCCUGCAGCUCCAUUCGUAAUAUCACCUACCCGUUCACUGGCGGUGACCGUCCUGACUACUGUGGUCUCCCUGAUUUCAAACUCCGAUGUAUGGACAAUCACACCGAGUUCACUCACCAUUCACUUACCAACAGAGUUCUUUCUACUAACCAGUCUUCAAGAACCAUGACUAUUGCUAGGCUAGACCUGUGGAACAAUAUUGCCCUUCUCAAUUCACCAAUACUACUCUCAACUCUACGUCCGACCAUAACGAAGACGAAGAACUCUCCUUGAGCUACGGCUGCAAUGUUGCAGUAUUUGUUUUUAAGCCCCAGAAUUUGUUCAGCUGUAGCGUAACUGGUUUGAAUUUCACCGGCGCCUUCCAUUUACUGGGUCCAAUUCCAAGUGACCCUUCUCUGAAAGUCAUAACGUGUGAAACUAUUAUUACUAUUCCGUUGUUUAGAGCCGUAGGUAAAAGGCUAUAUAGCAAUCAGACUACUCUAGGGGAAGCAUUAAUGCAGGCAUUUAGCGUGAAAUAUGAUGUCCCGUAAGAUGAACUGUGUUAUGGGUGCACGAGGCUAGGUGGAAAUUGAGGAUUUAAUGUGGGGCUGGCCCAGCCAAUUUGUAUUUGUGAAGAAAUCCCUUGUACUUUGCCUUUAGAACAUGAAAGUUCCUUCGAA